GUUGUCUCAGUUCGAGUCGGUUAUCGUUCGCUCGAGAUACUCUCGUGUACAUUGAUACAUGUCUGAGAUUCCUGGUUUCGGGACGAUUGAUUAGAAUCAAAUUCAAUUUUCCGCCCGCGACAAUUCGAUUUAUCUUCGCAUUAUUGAGAAUCUAUAUUGCGAAGCGAAGAGAAAUCUUUAAAAUAGAGCGGCGUAUAUAGCGGUAUCUAGUAUCGUGGCUUUAACAGCGUUAAAUAAUAGAGGUACUUUUAUCAAAAGUGUAUAGUGCGAAAUACAUAAGUGACAAAUCCUUAUUUGGAGGCGAGAAAUGGCAAGCUGAAGCAUCUGAAGGACAACAAAGCUCGUUACCAAUAAAUUUGCCACAUGUGAUAAAGCAAGAUCGCCAAAAUGAAAAAAUGCCAAGAAAAUGCAGAGUUCCUGAGGGAGGUGCCGAAAAAUCAACAGCAGCAGCAGCAGCAUCAACAACAGAUCGCUACCGAGGAGCAGCAAUGUCCCUUCAUUCCGCCAACCACGCCCGUUUGGGGUGAUAGAAACGUGAGCGAACAGCCAAUGGAAGAAACUAACAACAAUAUUGGUUUCUCAUUUGCCAAUUUGUUGGCAAACACAUCCGAUGCCAGACUUGCAAUGUGUAAUUUAUCAUCCUCAAGGAAUAGUAGUCCAUCAUCUACAUUAAGUUUAACAGAGAAUAUUCAGUCGUUCAGUGAAGCUGCACCGUUACGGAAAUGUAGAGUAUGUUUCUACGUUGCGAUGGACAGAACGGAGUACGUCGAUCACGUGAUCAGUCAUUGUACAUUUGCAAAAGAAACGUAUGCCUUUGAAAGCGACACCUUUUUAAACGGAUAUUUUGAUGACGAAGAGACCGAGGAAGUUAAUAAUGAUUCACAGAGCAAGGGGAAAAAGAGAAAUAAAGUUUCCAAACCGAAACAGUGUUGCAAAUGUAAGUAUUUGGCGAAGACGAAGUUGGCGCUUUGGAUGCAUUUGCGUCAGCAUUUCUUGCAAGGAGACUGCACCGGCUUCGUGUGCAUCUUAUGCCCCUUCGCCACCAUGCUCAAACAUCACAUGACAUUCCAUUGGUUCAGUGCUCACGACGAUUUCAAGGGUUACACGUGCACCGAAUGUUCGUACACGUGCGUGAGUAAAUCAAUGCUAACUAGUCACAAGAAAACGCAUUCGGAGGUCUAUCAGUUCAAUUGCGCCAGCUGCCCGUACAGGACCAAAUUCUGUAACGCGAUGAAGAAGCAUCUGAAGGACAGUCUGCACAUACCAGGCCCGGUGCUGGACGCGGACGGUACGCCGAAUCCGUUCGCCACCAUCGACGUUUACGGUAACAAACGCGGGCCCAGACGAAAGCCGCUCGUCGAGGAGAGGAAGGAGCCGACGGAAAUCAUCAGAGACUCAUGCAUGCCGUCGACCUCAGGGUUAACGUCCCCGGUUUUACCGAUGCCGACCACCUCGACUCCGGUGUUACCGCUCCCGAUUCCGUCGGCCGCGAUCCUAGAUUCGUCGGAUUCGAAUGCGGAGUUGAUCGUGCCAUCGUUGCCAAUUCAGAGAUCGCCAGUCCGGAUAUCGCCAAUUCAGAGGUCGCCAGUCCGGAUAUCGCCAACUCAAAGAUCGCCAGCCCAGCUGCCGGCUCCGGUCCCACCGUCUCAUUCCAAUUCUCUAGUCACAGCCAUUCUGGCUACGUGUAAUAGAACGAACAGUGAGAACGGAGUGAAUCCGAGCAGCAACGAGCAGUCGUCGCUAUUAAAUAGCAGCGCGUUUAUCAUGUUGUGUCACUUUUUGUUCAGAACUAUCGCGUCACGUCCGGACGUAGAUGUGCGGCAGAGGUCCUAUUUGCUGGAAAAUGCCCAGAGAAUUUUAGGUGACCCAGAAAAUGCCCAGAGAAUUUUUGAUGACCCAGAACAUGUCGAACACGCGGCCGGCACGACUGCCAAUGGAGAUCUUUCUGAUAACGCGAACAGUACUGACCAACCCUCGACAUCCACGACGUUGGUCUCGGCACCUCGAGUGGCGGCAGAAGAAGACAGGCCGGCGGAGAAUCUAGAUGAGUCGACGGAGGCUCUAAACGUACCGAUGGAAAAUCUACAUGCGCCGACAGGCAAUCUGGAUGAGCCACUGGAUCUUAGUAUGUCCGCGAUGGCGAGAAGACCGCAGUUUCAGAUAUCGAUUCCGAGCUCCUCAUCAAGACGCAAACGUAAGCGUAAAGCGACGAGGCUAGAAUAUCCCACGACAAAUGAGAACACGGAGAACAGCGCGACACGACAAGUCCAUGCAACAUCUUCUCUUCUAGCGCUUCUAACGAUUCAAAAUGCUGUGUGACACCUCUUUAACAACCCUUGGCGAGUUUUGUGUGCAACAACGUCCAUUCAUCUAGUGCAUCAACGUCCUCGACGAGAAACAGGAAAAUCAUCUUGAGAUGGACAUUACAAAGGUUUCUUCGAAACGCGUUCACGUCAUGCCAUAUUUAAACGCACGAUCUGUAUUUCAUAUCGGUAUAUUCUAUUAAAAAGUCGAUGUUGCGUUGAUGUCGAUGCCUUAGAAAAACGUAAAAGUAAUUUUGAAUAGAUAUAGAAAAAGCGUGCGUCUAUUUAAUUGUAUAGAAAUUACGUACACAGAUUAGAUUUCAUUUGAGAUAGAAUAUUUUCUAAAAUCUCUCCUGAGUUUGAAGUACAAAAUGCUCGCGAUCAACUCUUUUACAUCAUACAUUUAUAUUUUAUAGAUUAUAUAAAUUUUACAUUUGUUUAUAUAAUAUUAAAUGCUACUUUAAAUGAUACAAUUAUCGUAGUACAAAGACGACGAAUAAAAUGUAAAAGAAGUAAUAGCGAUUGAUGUGGUUUCGUUAAAAAGAAAAUUAUAGAUUACUUUGACAGCUCUGAAAAAAUGGCCUUUAUUUUAAUAUUAAAGUCAUGUGUUGGUUACAUUUGUCCUUCAAAAAUUUGAUUCAAAUUUGUACAUGUACUUUAAAGUACGUGGCGUAUUUUAAACACAGAUUUCUAUAGAACACCCUAGAUCGUUAAUUCCGAGAAUUGAAGUAAAGCCAAGUAAUUCAGAAGAUGGGAUAUAGCAAUCAUCUUUUUUUUUGGAGUUCACUUCCCUGAUGGAAAGUAUAGCCUUCAACCCGCCUUGUAGGGUUCUAUGACACAAGCAACCAUCUUUACUCAAUGAUAGGUUACAUUCCAAAACAUCAAAAGUUUAACUUACAUUAAAUGCACACUAACACUACUUCAUGACGUACCGUAUAUGAUCACCGAGCAAAUAUGACAUCCCGGCUUUAACUCAACUGGUAACGAACUGUAACAUGUUUACAGCGAUCUAGAUAUUCUAUAGAAAUCUAUGAUUUUGAAACGAAAUGUGUAAAAGUUCUGUUUUUCACAACUUACCUUUAUAUUAAAAUUGGCGAUUAAGAUACGAUUCUUUGUAAUAAUUAGUUACAAAGGCAACUUAUCACAAUUAAAUGGUAACUUUGUUUACUUUCGUAUGUCCGUAACAUCACGAUCUUAUCAUUUCAGAAGAUCGCUGAUAACUGACGAUUCUAUCAAACAUGUACCUGUUUUAUAAUAAACGGUAUUAUGCGGCGCGUCUAGUGUUAUUAUUAGAUGUCAAUGUAGAUGAAAGAUUAUUCAAACGUCAAUACAGAGAAAAAUAUAUAUAUAAAUAAAUUUUAA